CUUUAAGACAAUGCGAAGGCUGUUCUAGUGGGAGGUUCGUUGCCUUGCCCAGCCUGUCUUUUCAGAAUUUACUAUACUGUAUCCUAGAGCCAAUAACAAGGAAAUUACAUGAAACUAAGGAAUAUAUAUACUUUUUAUUCCAAAACGUUAAAAGAAGACAUACACUUCACUGAAACUCUGCGUGUGUCCCAGAAUUCCGUCCUGCUGGAUGAAGUUGAAGAAAAGAUCACCACGAUGGUAGCUAGCUAAGCUAGCCAUGCUACAGAAGUGGGAAAAUGAUUGGAUUCAUUUCUGGAAGCUAAUCCGAACGUCCACCAACGUUACAAUGCACCCAAGCGUUGACGAUGUGUGAAACCUAAAAUUGCUUCCUCGAAGUAUUCCAGAAGAAUUCACUUGAGCACAUAUAUUUGUAAACAGGAUCUGGACAUUGUCUUAAUCAUCUGAAGACAACAGAGCUCUUCAUCCAGUCAACGAAGGCGAUUUGAAAGCGUGCCUUUUCCAAAAGACAUGGGGCAUCCUCCUUUGGAGUUCAGUGACUGUUAUCUUGACAGCCCCGAUUUUAGGGAGAGACUGAAAUGUUAUGAGCAAGAACUGGAAAGAACCAGCAAGUUUCUCAAAGAUGUGAUCAAAGACGGCCACAAUGUAAUUAAUGCGAUCAAAAACUACUCCCUUGCAGUUCAGAAGUUCUCCCAGACCCUCCAUGUUUUCCAGUUUGACUUCAUUGGGGACUCUCUGACUGAUGAUGAGAUGAACAUUGCUGAGUCUUUCCGGGAGUUCGCUGGUCUGCUACAGGAAGUGGAGGACGACAGGAUGAUGCUGGUUCAAAAUGCUUGCGAUCUGCUGAUCAAGCCGCUGGAGAAAUUCCGCAAGGAGCAAAUCGGAGUCACGAAAGAGAAGAAAAAGAGAUUUGAGAAGGACAGUGAAAAAUAUUAUUCUCAACUGGACAAACACUUGAACUUGUCUUCCAAGAAGAAGGAAACCCAGCUACAAGAGGCGGAUGUACAGCUGGACAAGGAGAGGCUGAACUUCUACGAGUCCUCAGUAGAGUACGUUUAUCAGAUCCAGCAGGUGCAGGACAGGAAGAAGUUCGAUGUGGUGGAGCCUGUAUUGGCCUUCCUCCAGAGUAUCCUGACACUGAACAACCUCACCUUUGAGAUGACCCAGGACUUCAUGCCAUAUAAGCAGGAGCUACAGCUGAGCCUGCAAAAUACAAGGAAUCACUUUGAGAGCACACGCGAAGAGAUGGAAGAGCUGAUGAAGAGAAUGAAGGACUCUCCUCAGAUCUGUAAAAUUCCCGGACAGCCGACCAUCGAGGGCUACCUGUAUUCUCAGGAAAAGUGGGCGUUGGGUGUUUCGUGGGUAAAGUACUAUUGCAAAUACUACAAAGAAAACAAACUGUUCAUCAUGGUUCCUGUUGAACAGAAACCUGCCACCAAACAGCAGGGCCCAACAGAGUUGAAGCUGAAGUCCUGCAUUAGGCGCAAGUCAGAGUCUAUAGACAAGCGUUUCUGCUUCGACAUAGAAACGUAUGAAAGGCCUGCACCUGUCACACUCCAGGCCCUCUCUGAGGCCAACAGGAAGCUGUGGAUGGAGGCCAUGGAUGGGAAAGAACCUAUAUAUCAUUCCCCAAUUCAAAAGCAAGCUGAGAUGGAGCUGAACGAAGUAGGAUUCAAGUUUGUCCGGAAAUGCAUCAAUUAUGUUGAAAGUAAAGGGCUCAUGCAAGAAGGAGUCUACAGAACCGUUGGCAGCAACAUCCAAGUACAAAAGCUUUUAAACGCCUUCUUUGACCCUAAGUGCCCGGGGGAUGUAGAUUUCCGCAGCGGCGACUGGGACAUUAAAACCAUCACAAGCUCCAUGAAAUUCUACCUCAGGAAUCUUUCUGAACCUCUGAUGACCUACAAUCUCAACAGGGAACUCAUCUUAGCUGCAAAAUCUGAGAAUCUGGACUAUCGACUGGGUGCCAUUCAUUCGCUCAUCUACAAACUCCCGGAAAAGAAUCGAGAAAUGCUGGAACUGCUCAUCCAACAUCUGGUCAACGUUUGCAGCCACAGUGCAGAGAACCGGAUGACCCCCUCCAAUAUGGCUGUCAUCUUCGGGCCCACCCUGAUGAGGGCAGAGGAGGAGACGGUGGCAGCCAUGCUGGACAUCAAGUUCCAGAACAUAGUUGUGGAAAUCCUCAUUGAGGACCACAAGAAAAUAUUUAGUGCUGCGCCAGAGGAAAGCUCCACCCCUCCCCUCCCCCCUCCCCGAGUCAAUCCCAGGAAGCGGCAGCCAAUCACCAUCUCGAAGCGCCCGCCCAGGCCUCGCCCAGCUAUCAGUCACAGCCAGUUUGAGAACUCUGAUGUGGACCACAGCGACGACGCUCUGAAUGGCUGCAGGUCAGAGGGAACGGAAGCAGACAGUGAAGCCCCAACUAGCCCUGUUCCUCUGCAGCGGACAAAGCUGACCAAUAGUGGACCAUGGGCAAGCACCAGAGAGACAUCACUGAAGCAGCCUCUGAUGCCAAAGCCCUCCACUCGACUCGAGAGGCACUCAGACUCUGACGUUGCCAAACUGGUCGCUCGAAUGCAAGAUGGGGGACAGAGGCCAGACGCUUCGACGGCCAAUGGAGAAGCAGGUGUGACCGUGAACAGAGCUUCCUCUUUUCAGAACAGGAAACCACCUCCCCGUGGGGUUGCCGUUGUCAAAGCAGGAGAGAGUGAUGGCGUGAUCAAAGCGAGGUUGCCAACAGAGAAGCAUGUCAUCUGUAGGCCACCAAUGAGGCCCCCCGACCCCCCGGUUCGGUCUCCAGCGCCUCAAAAACCCCCAAACAUGGCCAGCAGCGAGGAGACCCCGGCAUCUUAUGUUGCUUCUAAAGCCAAGUUUUUCGAGAACGCUUCAAGGCAAAUCGGAAGUUCAUCGACUUCACCUCCAGCACCUGCUUUGCUGAAUAUGAAAGAGGAGACAUCAAACUAAGGAGACCCUGGCAGUCACCUCUAUGCCUGUUGCUGAAGUUUGGAUACCAGGAAUGAGAAAACGAUGUUUGGGAGAGGAAUUACUGUAGGCACUGAAUGUAUUACCCAACAAGUUAUGUAAGAUGUUCAUGUAUGUUUCAGCUCAGCAAACAGCAAUGUAAAGAAUGUCUCAUCACCUUUCAGUGGGUUGAUAUGAAGAGAAAAGGAUUGUUUGGUAUGGCUGUUUUAUCAUUAAUGGUUUUCCUCUCUUAACUUUUUUGUGAUUUUAAUGGGUGCUGAAGGAUGCAUACUCAUACUCCUAUUCCAUACUACAUACUCCUGUCAGAUUUUUCACCAUGUUUUGAGCCAAAUGGGACCUUUAGCCCGGUGGAGGGAUGAUCCAUUUUGGAUCAAACCCUUGACCUAUAUGUAAAAUUGUUUUGUGGGAGGAGUACAUAUAUUGUGAGGGCUUCAUGUUUCAUCUUUAUCUUGAGAAAAGAUGACAAGAAAAAGAGACUGCGCAGUAUUUACUCAACAUUGUUUAUUUAUCAUGAAUAUAUUUCCAACAUGGUAGUGUAGAGUCUACAGGAAGUGAAAGGCAUCAGAUAUGAGAGUUGUUAUAUUUGCCCUCCUAUGUUUUUAUUAAGAGCAUUCCUACGUAUUUGGGAUACUUUCAUAUGGGCAGAUUAGGAUCCACAAAAUACAACAAAAUGUAAUUGCUGUACAUGACGUAGUGUGCAUACCUGAGGCAGGUGGCAUGUACAAACCGAAAAAGGGAUGUGGUCUGUUAUGCAAUGUGGGAGCACACGUAUUUGAAUUUCCUGUUUCCUCCUGACAUGCUAUUGUGUAAUGCAGUAAGUAGCCAUCCAAUUCAGUUUUAAUCCAAACUGAACAAAACAAACCAGAACAUGUUUACGUUGUAGCUUUUGAUUUGAUUGCUAAGUGUUUUUUAUUGUUCUAUUGCAGCAGAUUUUUUUGAGGUUUUCACUGGAUUUAAAUCUGUAACCUGUGUAGAAUCUUAUUUGUGUUCACGGAUGAAUGUUUUCCACUCAUAUUUGUUUUUAAUGUGAAUAUGAAAUGUGAAAAAGCAAUACUGUGGUCAGCCAAAUGUAUUCUUUUUCUGUGAGCAGGAUAAAAAGAGGGACUUUUAAUUUCUUGAAAAGAAUUAUGGGAACAAUUUAUUUAUUUGUUGCUGUCUAUCAUUAGAUUAGGAAUUUCAUCUGAAUCUUUAUUAAUAGAUCAGUACUACUUAAAUAGUACGCUCAGAGAACCCAGAUGUUUAAACUAUUAUGGAGUAUGUUCAUAUUCAGUUCACAUUUUUAAGAACUCAGUUAGGCUGUUUCUUCAAGCGGACCAUUCUUGCCCCCAUUCUGUUGUCCCCAUCUGUCCCCUCUGCCCACAAUACUUCAUAUUGAAUAGA